AUCUCAAUGUAUUUAAUCGACAAUCGUUGCAUACGUCAGCAUUUGAUGUUUAUGCCGAAUGCUGUGCAUGAAUAUUGGCGUUAUUUCACAUAUAUGCUUCUACAUUCGGAUAUACUGCAUCUGAUGAUGAAUAUUUGUUUACAGUUUUUUAUAGCCUUUUGUUUGGAAAGCGAACAAAGCCAUUGGAAAGUAGCAACAAUUUAUAUAAGUGGCGGAAUUUCUGGUUCAUUGGCCACACGUUAUUUGCAGCCCGAAUUGUCGCUGAUGGGUGCUUCGGCCGGUGUAUAUGCUUUAUUGAUGAGCCAUAUUCCGCAUCUUUUGAAGAAUUUUCCUUUACUCGCCCAUCGCUAUUUGCGCAUAUUGGCAUUAAUGAUUUUAUUUCUGAGCGACAUCUGUUUUACGACAUUCCAUAUACUCAUAAAUCACAAUACGAAUCCACGCAUUUGUGUCGAAGCUCAUGUGGCAGGUGCUGUUAUCGGUUUAAUUUUUGGAUUUUUCAUUUACUCAUCCCAAGCUAAGGCCUGCAGUAAUGUGAUGAAGCCGGAACUGGAGCCGGGGCAGCAAUCGUGUCUUUUGGUUACAUGCAACAGUUGA